CUAACGUUGAAAAAGGAACAAAGAUCGAAGCAUGCAUGCGACCUUUAUAAGUACAUGUAAUUAAGAUGUAUCACCAACCGUCUUCAUUACAGAAAUUCUGAAUCUUCCUGUAUCGAUAUUACAUUAUGUUCUCUCAAACCAUGGUCAACCUUGUCUCACUCUUGCUCCCACUUUCCCUAUUCAUCAAUAUCAUCUCCCUCCCUCUCCCUGCGCGAGCUAUAUCCUCUUGCAGUGGCCCAUGUAAUACUGUCGACGAUUGUGACGGUCAACUCAUUUGCAUCAACGGCAGGUGCAAUGAUGACCCUGAUGUUGGCACCCACAUAUGCGGAAACUCUGCACCUAAUGGGAACAACAACUGCCAACCCUCGGGCACCUUGAAUUGUCAAGGGACAUCCUACACUCAGUAUAGAUGCUCGCCACCCGUGACGUCCUCCACGGCAGCCAUUCUCACAAACAACGAUUUCAGUCAAGGUGGGGAUGGUGGAGCCCCAUCCGAGUGCGACGAAAGUUUCCACAACAACUCAGAGCUGAUCGUGGCAUUAUCAACUGGGUGGUUUAACGACAAGUCGCGCUGCGGUAGUUUGAUCAGAAUUAUGGCUAGUAAUGGGAGGAGUGUGGAGGCCAAGGUGGUAGACGAAUGUGACUCCGUUAAUGGGUGUGACGAAGAGCAUGCAGGUCAGCCACCAUGCAGGAAUAAUAUUGUAGAUGCGUCGGAUGCUGUAUGGAAUGAAUUGGGACUGAAUAAAGACGUGGGUGAAGUGGAUAUUACUUGGUCUAUGGCAUAGUGAUUAGAACUAAACUGGCUAUGACUUGAUAAGGACCAGAUGGUAAUAACAUGAUCACUUCAUGUCUACUAAUAUGUAAUAAUUGGUCUCUCGUCACCCUUUAGAAAAAUAGUGAUAUUAAUAUAUUCAAGUAAUUGAUCUUGUAUUUUUGAAAGGAAAAUGUUAGUUUGUCUCCUCA